AGCCCGGCUCAUAAAUUCUGGAAAUUUUCUUUGAAACUCGUACCCCAUAUAGAUCGGAAACAUAUUGAAUAUAAACACUACUAUCCAAUGUGGGCUCCUCUGCUCGCUUUAGUUAUCCUUGGGCUAAACAAUGCAGCAUCCUCGUUCGUGGGCUGGGAUAAUGCGUUUUACGAGCAGCAGGCAAUGUAUAUGCGUCCUGGUGAGCCCCACAUCCAGGAAGGACAGACGCUGCUCAACAUGCUGUACGUGCAAAACCAGAUCCAGGUCUACUGCCAGCCGCCAACAGAGUUCUCCAUGUGGAACGUCUUCCAGAGCAACCGCCUGCGCUUGCAGAUAGCCGCUGGCGGAGGUUACAGUCAGUAUAGGGGAGCCACCGUGCGGGAAGUCUAUCAUGCGCAUAGCCAGCAGGAUGAGUGCCACGAAGGAAAGCCGUUGGGGCAUUCCGCAGAGGAGGCACGGAUCAUUCCUAUGCCCACGUAUGACCACUCCUGUUACGGCAUCUACACAUCCAAGCCGUUCGUCCUUACGCUCGAAGUGAUCAGUUUCGACCUUGAGCGGGUGACACAGUUCACCUUUGGCAUCGUUUUAUGGGUAAGCUGUCCGCUCCUGGCGGAUUCCCUGCUUUUCUUCUACUGCUCAGCUGCGGCCCUGGGCGCCCACCUGGCGGGUUUGUUGGCGGUCGCAGCCACCCUAAUGGCAUCUGAUGGCGAGCGGUACCUGCGACCCGGAACGCUCAAGGUGAACUUCAAGCUGGUGCUUAACGAACGGCCAAUUGUGAUAACCCUGGCACUGGUCGGUGGCGCCUGGUUGCUGAAGUCCGCCUCCCAGAGGUGCAGCUUUCUGUGGCGGCGCACUCUCUUUCGUCGCCUGCAUCACCGCUUUCUGAGGGCCACCUCCUACUGGUUGAUCCUCACUGCAUCCGAUCACAGGUGCUUUGGAAUGACCUGCCUUAUGCUGCUGAUCCCCUGGCCGGAACUUUUGACGGUGCUACGCUGGCUCAAAACCAUAUACGCUUGCUACAAAAGGGGCUCUGUUGAACCCACGGUCCAGGUGGAAAUCGAGAACCAGGGCAGCCCUAAUCCUUAUCAAGGCUCAUAUUUUCGGAUCGGGAGAUCCAAAUACAAUAAUCGUUUAUCCGAAAGCAGUGGAAGUUUUAGCCAAAAUAACUUUUAUCGCGACCAAGAGGUCCAGGAUAAUGCCUUAAUCUAUGAAUCGAAUUCUAAUUGUCAAGGACAACCCUCCCCCCUUAACAGCUGUCUCCAGAUGUCUCCGCCUAGAAGAUCAUCCCGUCCAGAACCCCAUUUGACCUCCUUAUAUCGCAAUCUUAACUAUUCAAACACGAAAAGCAGCUACACAUUUAUGAGAUAAAAUAACCUACAACCUACAAGAAAUCGGACAAGGACUCGAAUCGGUUGCAAAAAUAUUCCAUUUGCCAAGAUAAGUUGCCUUAUGAAAGAGGUUGCCGAUGGGUGGGGCAGACAAAGAGGCUGAAAAGCGAGGAAAUCUUAAGGCAAACCCAUGAACCCAAACCCAAAGCUCAUUCAUGACAAUCAACCUAAGAACUGAGAUAACAGAUUCGAUAUGUUUUUAUGCUUUAUAAACAAUUAAAUCCAUGUGUAUUCUUUAA